AAAGGGAAGGAGUUAAAGAAAAAAAGAGGAUGUGGCCGGCAGUAAAAGAUGACUGGAGGGGAGUGGAGCUCUCUGGCUAAUUAUAGAUCCUGCUGUGAGCUGGCUGAGGCAGAAGUGCUACUGGAGGUUUCACACUGCCGGAUAUUUACAUGACAAACACGGGUUUUUGCACGGGACUCUCAGUGUCCUGCACGGCGUUCCUUCCCAUGGACCUCAGGGUGGGAGAGAGGGGGAUGCGCCCUGGUUCGGAAACAGCGCUUCUCACCCCGCUGCACCAACCUUUACUCCUCACACCCUUCACCCCGCAACCCCACAGCGCCUUCUCCCAGCAACAGCUGCAUCAGCAAAUCAGGUUUAAUAUGGAGCAGAGGAGGCGAGAGCAGGAGCAACAUGAGAAGCAACAAGAACUGCAGCAGCUAAAGCACAAAGACAGAAGUCAGCAGAGUGCUGUGGCGAGUUCAGCGGUAAAACAGAAACUCCAGGAGGUGAUUCUCAAGAAGCAGAAACAGGCAGCGCUUGAAAGAACAAACUCCAACACGCUGAACGUACAUCCUGUACCAUACAGAAAGCUUGGCCCAGACCCUAAUGUGGCCUCCCAGCCUUUGGUCUCAUCUCCACCACAGCCUCCGUCUGAGGUCUCGGAGGGGACACCACUGCGCAGAGCAGGUAAAACACUCAACAUCAACUAUCUGUCCAAAAUAACUGAUGAAAACAUUUUCUAA